AUGGCGAUUACAACAUCAGAAAGCAAUAACAACAAUCAAGCAACCCUGGAGCAGAUUAUGCAACACAUUGAAACUCUGAGACAGAAGAACGAGAUUAUCAGAAAGCAAGCUGACGGUGAGCGAACCCAGUGGUUAGCGGAGAGCGAGAGACGACGAGUAGAAAUGGAAGUUGAACACGAAAGAUUAAGGAAAGAAAUGGCGGAGGCAAGACAGCGUUCAGACGAAUCGAUGCGUCAACAGGAACAAUUGCAUAAAAGUAACGAAGAACUACGAGCUUGGAUGCGGGAGCGUAGCAAUUUUAGAGACUCCAAUAUCAGUCGAAGAGGGGCAGAGCAGGAUGAAAAUCACCCAUUGGCCAGGGUGAUCAUGGAGGAGGCAAUCCCACCCCAUUUCCUUAUCCCUAAAGUAUCUCCUUUCACCGGUGAGGGUGAUCCGGAAGCACACCUGAAAGCUUUCCGAGCACAAAUGUUGAUAUCGGGUGGAAGUGAUGUAGUGCGUUGCAAAAUGUUUGUGGGAACAUUCUCGGGCUCAGCACUGAAGUGGUUCGGCAAGCUACCCAACGCCGCCAUCCCUUCUUUCCCUGUUUUUUCCCGCCUCUUCCUAGAAAGGUUUGCGGUAAAUCGUCCAAAACAGCUACAAAUCGCAGAUAUGUUCGAUAUGAAACAACAACAGGAGGAGUCACUGAAACAGUUCCUUAACCGGUUCUGUGACGUUAGCAUGGGGCUCACGAAUCCGAGCAAAGAGAUGUUGGUGGGAGCCUUUGUGAAGGGGUUACGAGCAAAUCCUUUCAGCAAAUCCUUAAUUCGAGCACCAGCCACUACUCUGGCGGAAGUAAGGAACCGAGCCACCAUUUACAUAGAAACCGAGGAAGCAAUGCAGAGGAAGAGAUUGGAAGAAAGGCGACCUCCCCCACAGGAGUAUAAGGGAAAGGAUAUUCGUCGACAAGUAUUGGAAACAUCCUCUCCCCAUAAAAGAGCCAGUCGCAAGUUCACACCAUACAAUCCACCUCGUCCGUUCGACAAGAAGAUAACUAAGCCUAUGUGCCCCUAG